AUGCAGAAAGGGAGCCUCGCAGCCCUUUGCUGCUUCGCUCUUUUGACUGGAUUCCUGAUCAUUUGCCUAGGGGCUUUCUUCAUAUCCAUGGGCUCAGCCCCUAACUGCAGGGGGAAACUGAUCCUGGCCUAUUGUCUUUUGUCUCUGGGGUUCCUGAUCCUCUUGAGUGGAAUUUUUUUGAGCACCUACCAGCAGGCAAGACAAAGCAAGGGAAUCUUCAACAGGGUGCUCAGACAGCGCCUAGGGCAUGGGGACCUGCCAAUUGCCACUGUGGACAGGCCGGAUUUUUAUCCCCCAUCUUAUGAAGACAGCAUUGAUCCUGAAAAGCAUCUCUCUCUGGAGCAGGAGACCUCUAACAUUCCCCCACCCCUAUAUACUGAGAGCAGCCUAGAAUUCAUGGACGACACUGACAGCCACAGAGAUACGCCACCAUCCUAUGAAGUUUCAAUGAGAGGCGUGUUGAUGGCAGAGGUGGCUGCUGCAGUAGCAAUGGGAGGAGGGGAAGGAGGAGGCGACGCAGCAGGAAGCCAAGAAUGUCUCAGGCAUUAA